UGAAAACAACUUUUAUUAUGCCAUUAUAUUAUAAUAUGUUUACAACAAGAAUGCAGAGCCCUUUAAGAUAAUCGCGACCGUCCCAACUGUCCGCGGGGGAAAGAAAGUAACGACGCACAUCCGCGUUUUCACUCAGCAGGCCAUGACCUCUAUCCAUGCUGUAUGCGCUGUGCAUGGCGCGAUCCUUGCGAUGUAUCAUCACUGAUGUUAAUGUUCCACGUUAGGCCGUGAUUUUCAAGUUAGUUUGGUGUUAAAAGUCGGUCAAGGGAUCUCCUGCUAGCUGAGGUUGCCCGCACAUUCAAGUCUGAUUGAGGAGCGGCGUCUACAAAAACACGAACAAAACUUUCGGCAAGAUUGUCUCAUCCAAUCAUACAACCGGCAAUUACCUUUUGUGCAAUUAGACCAGAUCAGUGUCGACAAAACUGCAACAUAAUCCAUCUACGAGGAAAACAAAAACAGAUCUGAAACGACACAGGCCCUGGACGCGGGGAACUCUACUCAAGAAUUAACAAGUCUUUUAGAAGUACGUCGGGAAACUGGCAAAGAUGAUAUUAGCAAUUUGCCCCAAAUAAGAACAUUCGGGAAGAGGACACGGUCAUGGGACCGCACUGCUUGUACGUGUGCCGUGGAGGCAGAAGCAAGGCCCGGGGAGUGUGGGCCGUGCAUCCCAUCGAAUCAGGGGUGCGAUUCGGACCUCUUGAAGGGAAGAUCAUCCCUCUCGACAGGUGCACCGAGAAGACCAAUCCAUGGCCGUUUACAAAUACUUGGGAGAUAUAUUGCGGCGGCAAGUGUUGCCAUCUGCACAGCUUUUGCGACGGCUCCAGGACCGACUGGCUACGUCACGUGACCUCUACCUAUGCGUCGUGGUCAGAAGUCAACAUGGCAGCCUACCAAUGCAGGGGGAAUAUCUUUUACGUCACCACCAAGGUCAUAGGUCAAGACGAGGAGUUGGUUCUGGGGUUGAAUCGUACAGAGUUUGAACCAUCAUGGAUAGAGAAAGAGAAAUUAAACGAUCUUAAUAUCAGCAAAACAUGCAUCGUAUGCAAACGCCAGCACGUGGAAACACCUUUGGUAGCCCGGCGCAGUGAUUGGCGGAGCCAAGCAGAAAACCCAGAUGUUCAAUUCGACGACCGUUUGCCUAUCCUGAAACUCUCGUCUUCUGAAGUGCUCAAGUGGCAAUUGAAGUGUGUCAAUCGCAAGGAAGAUCCUGCCGCAAACAGCCGUAGAGGAUUCCACCGUCGGGUUUUCUUCUGCCGCCUGUGUGGUUGGAGGUUCAGGACGUUCAGGCGCUACGCAUCACACAAACUCAGCCACCAGUUGCGGUAUCUCAAGUUCAGACUUCCGCCCCGUGAUGAGACAGGCACAAAGUCGCUGGUUAAGCACCGUGGAGAGGACUUUCCUUCACGCAAUGGGCAUAUCAAGAAAGAAUUUGCACCUAAGAUGGAGAAAGAGGAAACAGAGGAGGUUUCCACAAAGAAUCCUUGUGAAGAAAUAGUCAAUGGACAUAAAGAUGCAGAGUUUUCGACACUAUCUGAAGGAGAGCAAGUGACAGUCUUUACCAAUAAUCACAUCAGCGAAAAGGACGCCGAAAAGAGAGCGAGUGGAAAGUUCAAAAAGCUGCCCGAGAAGACCCGCGGCCGCGGUCGGCCCCGCCGGCAACGUCAGAGAAAACCGGUGGCUAAAUUUCAAAUGAUGUCACAUCGACAAUGGAAAUUGCGCUCACAGGAAGCUAAAGGGACAAAACAGAAGAGGGCGUCCAAAACUAGCGAUCGUUUAGCGAUGGUAAACGGCAGCAGAAAGUCUGACAGAUUUACGUGCGAAAGGUGCGAGAAGACUUUCACUAGUAGCGCUAAUCUGGAGAAACACGUGCGCGUUCACACGGGAGAAAAGCCCUACGCUUGUAGUCACUGCGACAAACGCUUCGCGGAAGCAAGUAAUCUCAAAACACAUCUCCGCGUUCACACGGGCCACAACCCCUACAAAUGCGAGCCCUGCAACAAGCAGUUCAAGUACUUGAAGGGGUUUAAACUUCACAUGAGCCACCACGCAAGGGUGCCCGUUACGUACAAGUGCAACUUCUGCGACCGCGAGUUCAACCAGAAGGGGCCUUGCAAAACGCACGAGAAAAGCCACCAGCGCGACAGGCCGUUCAAGUGCAAGGUCUGCAAGAUGAAAUUCAAAAGAGAGGGCGGGCUGCAAAUGCACGUGGAUAAAAUGCACCCGUCCUCGACACCGAGUAAAAAGCGCGGGAAAGUGAGAGGCGGUAUACAGCAGAGCGAGGGUGUCAAAGAUGGCCACCGUCACCAAUGUCAAGAAUGCGGGAAGGGGUUCAGGUUCAAUUACUCGCUCAAGCAGCACAUGCGCAUCCACACUGGGGAGAAACCCUUCAAAUGCAGCGAGUGCGACGCGGCGUUCUCUCAGAGCUCCAACCUGACCAGCCACAGGCGCAUACACACGGGCGAGGCGCCCUACAAAUGCCGCCACUGCAAGAAGACGUUCACGUGCGCGCAGAAUCUCCGCAGUCACCUGCGAGUGCACACGGGGGAGCGGCCGUACCAAUGCCCGCAGUGCGGGGCGAGGUUUGCCUACAGCAGCUACCUCAAGACACACUCACUCGUUCAUUCCGACAGAAAGCCCCUGAAAUGCAAGAUGUGCGGUAAAGAAUACCGACACCCAACGAGUUUUAAAAUCCACUGUCGGACGCAUUUGGACAAGCAGAAUUCAAGCGAUUCCGGUAGUCAAUGAAAAAAGACACAACCUACACAGGGCCUUCACAAAAUGUGUCGGGACACGACCCGAUUUUCCCUAUCAAAUACCUACCGUAGUUGUGGAUCUGCAUGCUUGCGUAGUUGCCAUUGUCUGGAACGAUUACUCAUCCAAUCCAUUGUCGAUGUAACCCGUUUACCACAAAUAAGUCUGCAAACUUGACCGUCGGUCAACAAACAGUCGGGUGACGUGUGUGGCAUUAUGAAAAUUCUUCUAACCACGUUCGUCUCUGGUAUCCGUGACAAAAGCGCGGGAAAAAGCUCGAGACACUGCGCAAAGGUUACAUUAUGAAGAGCGAAGAGCGACCUCUAGCGACUGACGGUGACUAAUAAAUGCCGCAGCUGCAUCUUCAUUGGUUGAAUUUUCACUCGUGUUACAUGUAUUUAAUUUGUUCGCUGAAAUGCAUUUCUCGUAAAAUUCACUGCUUGCUAAAACUCUUCAAAAAUUGCAUUACGUGCUGUUAAAUACACUGCUUGCAAAAUACAAUAUACAGGCUAAUUUUAUCAACUAAAAUGAAAUUUAAAAAAACCUUCCUUAUGAAUAGGUUCAUGAACUGGACUACACAUUUAAUAUAACUGAUAUUAAAUCCACUCCGCUUUUUGGAUGAAUAAUUACAUGUAAGAUUUUUAUUGUCUCUUUUCAAACUGGCUUGCAUCUAGAAUAACAUUAUUUCUUGUUCCUCUCUCGUAUGAUAACUACAUGGAAGUCUGGAGGGGGAAAAAAACAUACCAGCAUCUCAACCAUUAUAGUACACAUGCUAAUGAUGAAUACGGAAGGGGGUACCAGCACCUUUAUGUGUGAAAAAACCUAUCUAAAUGUAACUGGUAGUCACAACACCUUGAACAUUAAGGCCUACAGAGCGAAAAAAAAUUAAUAUUCAGAGUUCAGACAUUCUAUGUUUACAUGUGUGCUUUCCAAUGGCAUAAUAAUUAUUUGCCCUUAUACCCACCUGGCUCCUAUGAGUAAGUGCACAUGUUAACCAAACAAAAACCAAAAAAGUUAACCUACAUGUAUAUCCCUUGUUUUCAAUUAAUUUUGCCCUUAAAAAGUGUAGGGAUAUUGCUGUAUUUCCUUUUCAAGGACCCUGUUUUAUAACUCAACCAAAUACCACAUGUAUAUGGGAGACAGUUUGCAUGGAACUGCAUUAUAAACUUUUUUCACGAGUUUGCCAUUUUAAAUUGAAAGCAAGGUAAAUUCCUCAUUUUUUGAACUUGCGAGUACAUUUCAAAUGAAAGCAA